GGAAUUCAAAAAAACAAAGAAUGAAAAAGGAGAAAGACAAAAAUGGAGAUGGUUUUGAACUGAAGCGGAAGCAUGGAUUCAAGGAGUCCCGGACUGAGCGCCAAGAGCGAUUGAAACAAGAAAAGCAACUUAAAUGGGUUACUAAACUGCAAAAGGAGGAUUUAGGCAAACUGGAAAGGGAACUGGACUCUUUAAUGCGAGCUGAAUUUCUCUCUCCACAGCAGAAAGAAAGAAAAAGAUUGGUCGAAAAAAUGGUAAAUACCUUAAGGAAGAUUAACGAUGAUGAAAAAGUGCCGGUAACAGAACCUGUAUUAAGUUCAUCGCCGAGUUCCGUGGUUAACGAGGACUUCAUGAUGAUAGUUGAGGACAAGGAGAAUGAACCAUCUGACGCUCUUAUCUUUGUUCCAAGAAGCUUCAAAAGCAAACGCAGAAAUGUUGAGGAGAUCCCUGAGUCAACAAAGGCAAAGAAAGCCGAAAAAUUGUUACUGGAGGCUGCUGCUGAAGAUGAUGAUGAUCAGGAGGCGUUUUUCGCCUCGCUUAUUUAACUGGAA